AUGGGACCAGGGUGGCUGACGUGUGUGCUGGUCUUGGCGCUUAUGCUGGCUAUGGGGUCCCGGCCACAGGAACAGCUACCCAGGGAGUCCCACAGCCUCAACUGGAAAAGGUGCUUUUCAGGGUUCUGGUACAUUCUGGCUGUCGCCUCUGAGGGCCAGAGAUUCUUGCCAGGCAGAGACAGGAGGAAGCUGGGGGCAUCGAUGGUGGAGGUCCUCAAAGCGGGCCAGCUGAAGGUGGUCCUUGCCUUCAGCCGGUCACAGGGGUGCCAGUCACACACGUUAAUUCUGCGGAAAGAUAGGAAAAAGCCGAUGUUCAGGAAUCCUUUGAAGGGGGUCGAGGGCUUCCACGUGCUGUUCACCGACUACAGCUACGGCGUGGUCUACGUGCGCCUGGGCCGGGCCGGCCGGACCUCUAAGACCCUGCUGCUCCUCAGCAGACAGGACACGUCCAGCUUCCCGAGCAUGAAAAAAUUCGUAGACAUAUGUGAGAUUUUGGAGCUCGCAAACGGUGUGACUGUUCUCCCAAAAGAUGCCUCGUGUGCCCACACCAUCCUGCCCUGA